AAUAUUUUAACUUAUAAGUUUCGUUGAAUUACCUUUAUCUUAUUGAACAUCCCAAUUAAUUGAUAUUGUUAUGAAUUUAUUACCGAAGUCUCAUCAAGAUUUUUGCAAAGCUGAUUAUUGGAACAAUUUCUUUAAAAAGAGAGGGCACAAAGCAUUUGAAUGGUAUGGAGAAUUUCUAGAAUUAAGUAGUUAUUUAUUUAAAUAUAUUCAACACAAAGAUAAAAUUCUUAUAGUUGGAUGUGGUAAUUCAACAUUGGGAAUGAAUCUCUACGAUGCUGAUUAUAAAAAUAUUACAAAUAUUGACGUAUCCCACAUUGUUAUCAAACAAAUGCAAAAAAUGAAUAAAACCAUAAGACCCGAUUUACUUUUCCUUCAAAUGGAUGCUACCAAAAUGACCUAUAAUAACGGAGAAUUUAAUAUUAUUUUGGAUAAAGGGACGUUGGAUGCUCUUAUGGCAAAUAAUGAUAAUGAUAGUGAAAUAUUAAUUAAUAAGUACUUUGAAGGAAUUGAACGAAUCUUACCAAGAAAUGGAAGAUAUAUUUGUAUUUCGCUUCUACAAGAACAUAUUUUACGAAAACUUCUUAAAGAUUUUGCAUUAACUUUUGCAUUUCGUAUAAUACGUUGUCAUCAUGUAGAAAUAAAGUCUAGAGCACAGCAUGAAAAAACUAUGCCCAUUUUUAUGGUCAUACUUACCAAGUUUAUGAAAUUAUCCCAACCGAUUUUAGAAAUUGGUUUGACGGAUGACUCGUUGGUAAGAUUGAUCAGCACUGAAGAAGUUGUGGAACAGAUCAUAGAAACUCAGAAAGCCGCAUCUGUGUGCAAUAGUUUGUACAAAGGAAGCAUCGCAAAUGAUGGGGAAAUUUAUCUUGAUUUGCAUAAGCCCGGUGAAAAAGAGCCAAGGUACAGAGUAUACAUUUUAGAUCAAGUAAUAGUGAAAGAACGAAGAUCUUACGCUGCUUUUAUUGUACCCCAAGGGAGAGAAUCUGAUUGGUUAUUCGGUACAAAAGAAGGUAGACAAGAAUUAUUAAAAUCAACGCAACAAGAUAGAUUAGCUAUUGUUAUUUUUCAAAGAGGGCAGAAUUUUGAAACUCUUGAAAAAGUGAAAGAUGAACUCGCAGAAAGUAUCAAGAUGUUUGCACCUUCUGAACUAUCAAAAAAUCACAUUCCUUUCUUAUCAUUAGGUUCAGAUAUCGGAAAAAGAAAUAUUUGCUACGAAGGUAAUAGUGACAUAAGUGGGCCAUUUGUCGUUGAAGAAAUUGAAAAUGAAAAUUGCUUAUAUAGAAGAUUAAUCUUUUUGAAUAAUCUGUUUGUUAUUCAAAGUGAAGUUAAAUUAAAACAAGUUAUGUCCAGAAGAAAGAAGAGUAAGUGCGUAGUAGAUCCAUAUUAUCUUGCUUGCAAUCAUCAUCUCUACAUGUCUCUUGGAUUAAAAAUUGCUUUAAAGAAUUCAAACGUAGGAGAAAGUAUUAUCAUUGGUCUUGGUGGUGGUGGAUUAUGUACAUUUAUUCGUCACUGCAUUCCACAGACAAAAAUAAUAGCUGUUGAAAUAGAUAAAACGAUAUUGAAAAUAGCAAAAGAAUACUUUGAUUUAGUCGAAGAUGAAAGAUUAAAAGUUGAAAUUAGUGAUGGAAUAGAAUAUUUAAAUAAAAGUAGAAUGCAAGGGAAAAAGUAUGAUGCAAUACUAUUUGAUGUUGAUAAUAAAGAUGCAACUGUGGGUAUGAGUUGUCCACCAAAAGAAUUUGUUGAACUUGAUUUUCUAAGAACGAUCAAUAAUUGUUUGACUAAUGACGGUUUAAUUAUUGUGAAUCUUGUUGCAAGAAAUGAAAAAAUUCGUAACGAAGUUUUAAAUGACUUUCGAAAAAUCUAUAAAUUUGUAGCAUCUUACAAAUUAAAUGAAGAUAUCAAUGAAAUAAUUUUUUGUUAUAAAAAUGAAAAAGAUUUUCAAAUUUGGAAAAACAUGGUGCUAGAAUCUGCUGAAGAGCUUAAUAAACAAGUGAAAUCAAACGAUUCUGCUGUAGAAGAAAUUUUUGAAAUUUCCUCGGUGCUAGAUAAUUUAAAACUUGAAAGUUAA